ACAACAUUCCAAUGAUGUAUGAGAUAUGACUGGGAAUUUCGUAGAUCAGGGGAGUGAUAACCUGGAGACUUUGGAAACUUACCAAGACUGGUUAGAUAUUUUAGAACAACUGAGGAACGAAAAUGACCUGAAUGCUUUGAACCAAGCCUAUGAAAACUUUGCACUAGUUUACUUUCUUCCUCCAGAGAUAUGGUUACAGUGGGUAAACGACGAGAGGCAUCGUUUGAUGGAGCACGACCGUGAACUUGCAAAUACACGUGGUUUAGAAAUUGUGGAACGAGCACUCAACGAAACUUUGUAUUCUGUGGAACUAUGGUUGUUAUAUUUGGACCUUUCGGUACAACUCUGUGAGCAAAGCAAAUUGUCAGAGAACGUUGUACGUGAAAGAUUCGAACAGGCAGUCACUCAAGUUGCACUUGAUUUUCGACAUGGCUGGAAAGUAUUCGAAAAAUAUUGGGAGUUCGAAGACAAAUAUGGGAACAAAGACAACGUAGACAAGUUGAAGAUGCGUUGUGCUUCUUUACCCUUCUCAAGAUAUCCCGAAGUGUUGUUGGAAACAAAGGACGAAGAUAUACUCCAAAGAAUGGGAAGAAAUCAAACAAAGAGAGAAGAGAGGAACAAAUAUGAAAAUCUGAUAUUUAGCCUUGAUAUAUCUAAAGCAACUGAGCAAGUAAUAGAAAUGGAAAAGAUGGUGGAAGCCUGGAAGUCAUAUGCCGAGUUCGAAACUAGCGUAGAUUUGCUGCGAGCCAAAAUGAUAUAUGAACGGGGUUUGAGAAAUUGUUAUUUUGUACCCGACUUGUGGUUGUUCUAUUUGGGUUUCUUGACUGAUCACUUCCCCUUAUCCGACUUGAAUACUCAAGCGACAACAAAAAAGGCAUUCUCCUGUGUACCCAAUUCUGUAGAGAUUGCAAAAUAUGCAAUGAGAGCUCAGGAAAGAAGUGAUAAUGGUUUCCAUGAGUUAUCGAAUAUAUUUUGGAAAGCGUGGUCUGUUAUGUCAAUGUUUCCUGAGCAUUUGGUACAACUGUCUCUUAGCUACUUGCACUGUUUGAGACGACUUUGCACUGAUGAAAGGCUUGACAAGAAAUAUUUUUCCGAAAUUCUGAGCGAUUUUCAAAAGACUUUUGAUAAUGAUGCUUUAGCUUCAGCUGACCCAUCCUGUCAAAUUUUAAGGUUCAUUGCUGGUUGCUUUGAAGUUGUUCUUAGGGGAAGUGUGGAAAAUAUUCGAAAUGUUUGGGAACAAAUGCUCCGAAAACACGGAAAACUCGCAAAUACUUGGUUAAGAUAUAUUCACUGGGAAAUACAUCAACAAAACUACGAAAACGCAAGAAGGUUAUUUAGAAGAGGUAUUCAUACUGUUGUAGAAGAAGUCGAGAUUUUAGCACAAGAAUGGAUAGGAUUUGAAGGUCUUUAUGGCGAUAAUUCUCAAUACGAAAAGGCACUCAAAGUCACAAAUGAGCGAAAGACUUUUUGCGAAAGAAUUUCUACGCAACCCUCACGAAAUUCGAAUGCAAAACCUUCAUUUUCGCAAAAAGAAGAUUACCGAAGCAAACCGAAAAGAAUGAAAACGAAGAAAGAUGAUUCGGAACAUCAAAACAAUAUGUUGUCAUUAAAUUCAUUGCAGAGUACUUCUAUCGGAGAUAGGAAAUGGCACAAGGAUCUUCAUACUAUAUUCGUUAGCAAUUUACCAAAGACAACAACAGAAGAAGAUUUCCAGUCGCUAUUUCAAUCUGUAGAUGGCUUUUUAGAAGCUCGACUUGUCAAGGACAGGGAAGGGAUACCCAAAGGUUUUGGUUAUGUUGAAUUUCAGAAUAACAUAGGUGUUAGGGAAGCUUUGAAGGCAGAUCAGUCGAUGUUCUUGGGACAAAAGAUCAUUGUCAAACGUUCAAAGCCUCCCAGGUUUCAAAUGUCUUCUACUCCAAGUCGUAGGAUAGGAAUAAGAGUUGGUACUAGAAGUGAUAAAACGAAAGUCUUACAAGAAACUGAGGAGGAAGUGGAUGAUGUUGAGGAAUCUUCAUCGCAAACGACAACUAAAGCAUCAUGGACGCAGGACGACUUUCGAAAAUGGAUACGAGAAUCUUCCUUUCAAUGAGAUAAAUUAGCCAUGAAGAUGUGAUGGACUUUGAAGAGUCCUUUGUAGAAAAUUUUUUUAUAAAAAGACUCUAUCUCAGAACUUGUUUUCAUGCUUUAAGGACAAGUCGAUUGGAAACAACGAAACAUUAGUUGACUGUAAUAGUAACCUUGAUAGGAUAUUCUCACUAACUUGUGUCAACAAUAUCUAUUCAUCUCAUUAGAUAUGAAAAU